AUGGCAGAUGUCUUGGGAACAGUCCUUGGGGUGGUGUCCCUAAGGCUUCAAGUCGGCGCCAGCAUCAGCAAUUAUCUCGAUGGAGUCCAAUACCGCAAAGAGGACAUGGAGUAUACAACGGGAUGUUGCAAAUAUAUGAACGCUCUGUUGCAACAGAUCAAGUCACUUCAAUACCAACUUACCGGCGUCAACAUCAGCGCCGUGAGAGAGGCCAUGACGACAGCGGAAGUCGAACUAUCCACCCUCGGUAACUUUGUUGAAAAGAUACGCACCGGGAACAACACCAAAUCCCCGAAUUCGGUCAUGAAGAGGGCAAAGAAACAGAAAAUGAAGCUUUUGUAUCAGUUCCAGCAAGAUCAUCUGUAUCGCCUCAACGCCCAGCUGGACGCUGCCAACAGAGCUCUUCAGGCGGCCCUGCUACAGGUCCAAUCAUAUCCGUUUCAUUUGUACAUCUGCCUCUCAUUUACUCCUUUGGAUGCUCUUGCGCAGAGCAUGGGCGCGCUCGACAUCCUCUUGCCGGAUGACAGCGUAACCCCGCUGAUUCCACAGGAUGCGAAAAUGCAUCCUCAAAAUUGCGACGCGGAGGCAAUGCAAGCUUUCAGAAGAGCGUCUGCUACAUCUUUGAAGAUGAGGAAAGCCUACGAAGGCCACCUCAUGGGAGCCAUUGUCCGGCAAAACAAAACGAUGCUGCUCGACAUCCUCAAGAAGAAUGCCAGCAGGUCAGAGUUGUGCGAGAUGGACCCAUUUGGCCAGAAGAUGCUGAAUUAUCUUGUGGGAUGGCCCGAAGGCCUACAGAUCAUGGUUGAACACUAUGGCCUUGCCAGCCUCCAGCUACUCGACCAAAGUCAGUCCACUUUACUUAGCAGCGCUCUCAGCUGGAGUGGGAAGAUAUGCGUAGGCUACAGCCCGCAGAGCUAUUUGGGUGACUGCCCAUCCGCAAACGCCGUCGAUCUACUCGUGAAAGCCGGAAAGGACUCUUCACUCCAAUUCAACUUGCAUGACAACUGGGUAAAUGCAAUGCUUGGCGCUUCGGUCAAGGCAAGAGACCUGAUUAUAGACGAGCUCAAAAUUCGCAGGGAAGAGCUGAAACGUCUGGGACUCAUGCACUUGAACUGCGAUCAAAUCGACAGGAUGGACCUCAGGAAAUAA